AUGCCUGCCUCGCACGCCAGCCUCGCACACCAGCCUCGCACGCCAGCCUCGCACGCCUGCCUCGCACGCCUGCCUUGCACGCCUGCCUCGCACGCCUGCCUCGCACGCCUGCCUCGCACGCCUGCCUCGCACGCCUGCCUCGCACGCCUGCCUCGCACGCCUGCCUCGCACGCCUGCCUCGCACGCCUGCCUCGCACGCCUGCCUCGCACGCCUGCCUCGCACGCCUGCCUCGCACGCCUGCCUCGCACGCCUGCCUCGCACGCCUGCCUCGCACGCCAGCCUCGCACACCAGCCUCGCACGCCAGCCUCGCACGCCUGCCUCGCACGCCUGCCUCGCACGCCUGCCUCGCACGCCUGCCUCGCACGCCUGCCUCGCACGCCUGCCUCGCACGCCUGCCUCGCACGCCUGCCUCGCACGCCUGCCUCGCACGCCUGCCUCGCACGCCUGCCUCGCACGCCUGCCUCGCACGCCUGCCUCGCACGCCUGCCUCGCACGCCUGCCUCGCACGCCUGCCUCGCACGCCUGCCUUACACGCCUGCCUUGUAUGCCUGCCUCACAUGCCUGCCUUUGCAUGCCUGCCUUUGCAUGCCUGCCUUUGCAUGCCUGCCUUAACAAUAUAUUCAUUUGA